AUGCGCAGGGACGUGCCAAACCAAUCAUGCGAUCGUGCACCCAGGUGCGAACGACGGGUUGCGAUAAAUCCCGUCAUUCCCCCUUCUGCUCCCCAUCAAUUCCCGCUCUGCUUUUCCAUCAAUUUCCCCUCUACUCUCUAUUUCCCCCCCUGCUUCUCCUCCGUUCCCCCCCUGCUUCCCCCCAUCCCCUUCCCUGCUUCCCCCCAUCCCCUUCCCUGCUUCCCCCCAUCCCCUUCCCUGCUUCCCCCCAUCCCCUUCCCUGCUCCCCCCCAUCCCCUUCCCUGCUUCCCCCCAUCCCCUUUCCUGCUUCCCCCCAUCCCCUUUCCUUCUUCCCCCCACCCCCUUUCCUGCUUCCCCCCAUCCCCUUUCCUGCUUCCCCCCAUCCCCUCAGCCCUCCUUCCCCCCACCCUCUGCCCUGUUCCACCCUGCCCUCCCCAUCCCUGCCUUUCCCUCCCUGCCCUGCGCUUCCCUUCCCCAUCCCUUCUCAACCCUUCCCUUCCUUUUCAUGCCCUCCCCUUCCCCUUCACACCUCACCCGCCCACUACCUAG